AUGUCACAAACGACAGAACCACCGAUCCUCCGACGAAGGAAGAAUCAUCUCCCAGAAGACAUCGUACUCAGCAUCCUAACAAGGUUACCUCCCAAAACAGUCAUAAGAUUCAGGUGCGUUUGCAAAUCCUGGGACUCCUCAAUCACCACUCCCUAUUUCAUCUCAACUCACCUUAAUAACUUUGCUCAUGAUAAUGAUAAUGGUGGUGGUUAUCUCAUACACAUGCCACGGCGUACAAAUUCUUCUAACAAAGCAGUCUGUACGGUCGCUUUGGACCUCACCUUUGAUAGGAUUUCUGAGAUUGAAGUUCCCUUUGAUUUUCCUUCUGGGUCUGUCCAAAUAGCAGGUUCCUGCAAUGGGUUAUUGUGUCUUGCUUAUAAUGGAUUUUUCAACAUUUUUGGUAAUGUUAUAUAUUUGUGGAACCCCAGCAUUAGAAAAUUCAAGAGGUUGCCCGAUCCUUACUUAGAACGGUUGGGCUGUUAUGGACUUAGAUUCGGAUUUGUAUAUGAUUCGGAGAACAAUGACUACAAGGUUGUGAAAAUUUCGAGUUAUCUUCCAAAGGGAUUGCCACCGCCUAUGCCUGACGAGAUUGAGGUGUACACAUUAAGUUCGGAUUCAUGGAGAAGGGUUGGGAUGUCAUUGAGAACCAAUGUUAAGGUAUUUGAUGAUAAUUUUCAAAUCCCAUUGGUUAGUGGAGCUUUGCACUGGAUCUCACUUGUCUUAGAAGGAGAAGAGGAGCACAAGGGUGAAGUGAUUAUGUCAUUUAAUGUCAAUAGUGAGAAAUUUAGAAUGUUUGUAAUGCCUGAUGGUUCCUUGUCAACAAGUAGGUCUCAGAGAAGUCUUGCAUUAUUCAAGGGCAAAUUGGCUUUCAUUACAUUUGGGAUAACUGACCAACAUGGCUACCACUACUCCAUGUGGGUGAUGAGGGAGUAUGGCGUGCUUGAGUCUUGGAAUCAACUUUUUGUUGUACCACUUGCGAGAAUAUCUGAUUGCAUUGGCUUCACCAUGUGUGGUUCACUUUUGAUUCACUACGUUGAGUCCAACAAUCAAGCAGAGAAGUUUGUUUUAGUUGACACUAAAACUCUACAUGAGAAGGAUUUGGAUAUCCAACAACCUUCACGUGUAGCUACUUUCAUGGAGAGCCUUGCUUUACUUGAUGGAGCAAACAUGGUGUCUUACUAA